GCCUCCCAGAUUUGACUGUCGGCUCUUGGACUAAUGAGACAUGGCUGGGAAUGAGACCAACUCACAUAAUAGUGAGUUAUCGGCUGGGUAUGACGAUUACUACAGUUACACUGGAGACGCUGCGCCCUGCAACAAUGGCAAUGUAAGGGAUUUUGGCCGAGUCUUCCUCCCCACCCUCUACAGCAUAGUCUUCAUCGUCGGCUUCAUUGGCAAUGGCCUGGUUGUAUGCGUCCUGGUCAAAUACCGCCAAAGAUCUAACAUGACAGACGUGUGUCUCUUCAACCUGGCAAUGUCUGACCUGCUGUUCCUCAUAUCUCUGCCCUUCUGGGCCCACUAUGCCGCCCUCACCCAGUGGACCUUCGGGAAUUUCAUGUGCCGCGCUGUGACGUUGUUCUACAUGCUGGGCUUCUAUGGCAGCAUCUUCUUCAUGAUCCUUAUGACGGCAGAUCGUUACUUUGUCAUUGUCCACGCCCACUCCUCCCUUUUUUCCAAGCACCGGUCAGUGAAAGUGGGCAUAGCCCUGGCUGUAUUUAUGUGGGCACUCAGCCUGGGGGCUUCCCUGCCAACCAUCAUAUUUUCCCAAGUAAAGAACGAAUCGACUGGACUUACAUGCAAACCAGAAUACCCUGAUCCUGUAUGGAGGAAGGUCAGCUACAUAGAACUAAACAUCCUUGGGUUGAUCAUCCCACUGUCCAUCAUGGUGUUUUGUUAUUCUCGGAUCAUCCCCACCUUGUAUAGCAUGAAAUCUCAGAAGAGGCACAAAGCCAUCAGGCUCAUCCUGGUCUUGGUCAUAGUUUUCUUCAUCUUCUGGACACCCUACAACGUGGUCACUUUCAUGCACUUCCUUCAUCACCUUGAGUACUUUCAAAACUGUCAAUGGCAGCAUGACCUGGGCUUGGCCAUGCAGUGGGUGGAAACCAUUGCCUUCAGUCAUUGCUGCCUCAAUCCCAUCAUCUACGCAUUUGUGGGCCAGAAAUUCAGGAGAUUAGUCAUUAAGACCCUGAAACAAUGGUUUCCGAUUUGCUUCAGCAAGUGCAAAACGAUUACCAGUGAGUUGUCUGAGAGGAGGAGCUCCAUGUACUCCAUGCGCUCCUCAGAAAUUUCCACCACAAAGAUUGUCAGCAUGACCUCAAUGGACCCUACAGAGUAUUACUAUUAUUCAGAGCCAUGUGUGACCAAGAUGUCUGCCCUGAACCCAGCUGUCAUGUCUGCCCUCUUCUACUUGGUCUUUGCCCUUGGUCUGUUUGGCAACUGCGUAGUCCUGUGGGUCCUCUUGAAGGUGAUGCACUUGAAGAGCAUGACUGAUGUGUGCUUGCUCAACCUGGCACUGUCCGACCUGCUGACCGUCCUGUCCCUGCCUUCAUGGGCACUUUACAACCAGGGUCAUCACUUAGGUGCCGAUGCUGUCUGCAAAGCCAUGGCAGGAACCUAUCACCUGGGCUUCUACAGUGGGAUCCUCUUUGUGACGUUGAUGAGCAUAGACCGAUACCUGGCCAUCGUUCAUGCUGUGGCAGCUAUGAGGACAAGAACGCUACGCUAUGGAGUGGCCGUCAGUCUUGUGAUCUGGACGAUCUCCUUCUGCGCUGCGCUGCCAGAGGCCAUUUUCGCUGCUAUGGUCUCAGAGGAUAACACAACGCAGUGCCAGAGGAUAUACCCAGCAGAGUCAGCGAGAACAUGGAAGCUGUUCCGCAAUUUUGGUGAAAAUACAGUAGGCCUCUUCAUCUCCUUGCCCAUCACGAUCUAUUGCUACGUCCGGAUCCUGCUGGUGCUGAGGAAGACAAAAAAUUCCAAAAGAGGUCGAGCUAUGAAGUUGGUCUUUGCUAUCGUCAGCAUCUUUGUGGUCUUCUGGGUGCCAUACAAUGUGGCUGUAUUCCUGCAGACCCUCGAGCAGUUGGAAAUUUUGCAGUCAUGUGAGGCCAGUCAGCAGAUCAACAUGGCCUUGGAGCUGACUGAGACCAUUGCACUAGUCCACUGCUGUGUGAAUCCAGUGAUCUAUGCCUUUGUUGGCGAAAAGUUUAGGAAAUGUGUGGCAAAGUAUCUGUUCCGUAUCAAGCUCUACCAGACCACAUCAAUUCACUCGAAAGCCUCUGAGAAUGAAACAUCAAACACACCUUUGUAAGAGGCCUGUGAUUUUUUUAAAAAAUUUCCUUAGUUAUAGACUCUUUAAAAGGAUGAUUUGUGGACUAGACUGAACGUAAUCAGUUUUGUUGCAAGCUCGACGAGGGUUUCAGUCUCCAAGCUAAGGUUGAGGCGAGUAUCAAGUCACUUUUAAGCUUGAGGACAGACAGGAAUGGAGUAUUAGAGGACAUGAUAAUGAUAGUUGUAAUAAUAGUUAUCUGUAUAUUUUGUUUUAUUAGUUAAAUAAGUCCACUCUGUUAUGUCAUCACUGCUGCGCUCACAUAUGAGGGCUACGAGAAGAAUGACAAAUCAGUGAUGGUGGGACUCAUUGUUAACUUUAAGACUCAAUUCCAGAAAUCAUACUCAUACUUUAAAAUCAACUCUAACUCCAGAAAUCACGCCACACCAUCUUAGCUCAUUGAAAAAACCCUGAUCAUGCUAGGAGGACAGUCCCUCUUUCCACCCACUUGGGCAACUAAGGGAAGACCAAACAUUUUCUUAGUUAUCUAACUCAUCCUGUGUCAUUUAUGCCAGUGUUUGGCUUAAAGACUACUUUGCCUUUUAUUACUGCCAUUUGCAUGUUAUUACUGCCUUCACAUUGGCAUUCAUAAAAUGGAACUAAAGCAAAAGAUUAUUCACAGUGUUUUAGUUACUUCACAAUAUGUAAAAGACAAAGACCUUGUGUCCUGGCAGGCACGUUUUCUUAAAGGUAAAAAAUGCAAUGUAAACAAAAAGGGCAAAGAGGGGUACACCAGAGUCAAAUCCCACCUACAGGUUAUCACAGAGCCUCGAAUGACGUAAUGUUACCACAAGAGGUAGUAAGGAAGUCCCACUAGACCACAACACACUCAACUUCACAAGGAGAAAGUGUAAAUGCUGAUUGGAUUAAUGUAAGGCUACCGUGGAUUCAAGAGCUGACUUCUCUCAUCACCAGAGCUAGAAUCAGGCCGCAUCUGCGCUUGCUAAAUAUGGGCUUCAUCAGAAAUUUAUACUGUAAAUGGACUGCUAAACUGGCACACUAUAAAGGAUACGGUGUCUGAAACUAUAGCUGGUAGACAUCUAUAUUACAAACCUCAUCUGGUCAAAAUGCAAUGUGUGAUGCUAUACUGUCAUUACAAUGGACAGAACACACAGGCUUAUCACUUGAGAUAUGUCAUAAACUUAUCAAUAUAUGUACAUUUUGCAUAAUAUGUAUCAAAAAUGUGUAGUUCAUAAUCACAAGUGGAAAGCUCUGUGUUGUUCUGAAAAUUUCCACACUCGCCCAAAUACUGAACUACAAAAGCAGAAAAGUGUGUAAUGCUGUUGUAAAUAUGUACGUAGUAUGUGGAACUUGACUUCAGAUGUGAUGGAAACUGCAGCCAAGACAAACAUGUGAAUGAAAGCGUCUGAGGUCACAGUUCCUCAGAAAGGCUGAUUACACAUUUCUUUUUAUGCUAUAAGAUAGAAAAUUUCCCCCAAGACCUGGAAAAUAUGAUCUUUAUAGUACUGAAAGCACCAGUUCUGCAUCUUUUGUUCCUAAAACAGUGUUCCUAAGAGAGACACUGUUUACUUCAUUACGCAAACUUCAACUGUAUAACUGAAACAGUUUUAGAAAAGUAAGAAAAUCUAAUUUUCCUACAGACAUAUUCUUACUGCAUAAAUUUGCCUGCAUCUAGAAUAUUGCAUGUAACAAU